AUGGGUCUGGGGAACAGCACGGCGGUGACUCAUUUCAUCCUCUCCGAGCUCCCCAACACCGAGGGUCUCCAGACUCUCCUCUUCAUCACCUUCUUAGUCUUCUACCUCUGCACCCUGCUGGGCAACCUGCUCAUCUUCUUUGCCAUCCUCACCGAUCCCCGCCUGCACACCCCCAUGUACUUCUUUCUCUCCAACCUCGCUGUGCUAGACAUCGGUUUUUCCUCCAUCAGCACCCCCAAAACAUUGGCCAACCUCUGGAGUCAACGCAAGGUCAUCUCUCUGGGCGAGUGCAUGUCCCAAGUCUUUUUCUUCCACUUCCUGGGCUGUACUGAGUCUUUGCUCUACACUGUCAUGGCCUACGACCGGUACGUGGCCAUCUGCCACCCACUGCGCUACCUGCUCAUCAUGAACCGCAGGGUGUGUACCCUCCUGGCUGCCGGCGCCUGGAUUGCCAGCUCCUUCAAUGCCACCAUCCUCACCAGCCUGACCUUCACACUACCCUACUGUGAGUCCAAUGUGGUGGACUAUUUCUUCUGCGACAUCUUCCCUUUAGUCAAGCUGGCCUGUGCAGACACGCACAUCGUUGAGACUGUGACCGUGACCAGUGUGGGUUUGGUGCCCUCGACUUGCUUCCUCCUCAUCCUCAUGUCCUACCUCCGCAUCAUGCUCUCCGUCCUGAAGAUGAGCGCGGGCAAAGGGAGACGCAAAGCGGCUUCUACUUGCGCCUCUCACCUAGCGGUGGUGAUGCUCUUCUUUGGGCAAUGCGCCCUGAUCUAUACCCAGCCCCAGCGGAGCAAAGCGCUGGUGACCUCUGUGCACAUCUUCGGCAAUGUGGUCACGCCCAUGCUGAACCCGGCCAUCUACACGCUAAGGAACAAGGAAGUGAAAGCGGCACUGAGAAAACUGAAGGGAAGUCAAACACCUGCGCAUUGA